AAGAGAGAGAAAGAAACAUACAGAGACCCACAAAGAAUUAAAUAUAGUGUCUGUCACUAUUUUCUCAUAAAAAGAACUUGGCCUAGCUAGUGAGAAAAAAAAAAGAGAAAGAAGGGGAUCAUUUUAUUUUUUUAAGAGCGAGUUUUUAGUCAUUACUACUUUGUGAACAUGGAUGGAGGAGGUGAUGAUCAUCUCCACCAACACCACCAACACAAUCACCGCCCUAUCGCGACUUUUCCGUUCCAAUUACUUGAGAAAAAAGAAGACGAAGCUUGUUCCAGUUCAUCCAACGCUGCAACUGCUUAUACUACUUCUCUUGCCAUUUCAAACACAGAUAAUACUCAUACAAACCCUAAUAAUACACCUCGAUCAACAAUUUCAACUCUUCAAAUCUCAGCUUCUGGUGCCGAUACAUCUAAAAAGCCGCCCCCAAAGCGAACCUCCACCAAAGACCGCCACACUAAGGUUGAUGGUCGUGGCAGACGUAUCCGCAUGCCUGCGCUUUGUGCAGCUAGGGUUUUUCAGCUCACACGGGAACUCGGUCAUAAAUCCGAUGGUGAAACCAUAGAGUGGCUACUUCAACAAGCGGAACCAGCAGUAAUCGCCGCUACAGGAACCGGUACAAUUCCAGCAAACUUCACGUCGCUUAAUAUUUCACUACGUAGCUCAGGCUCCAGCAUGUCAGUACCUUCACAGCUACGAUCUUCAUAUUUCAAUCCGAAUUUUUCGCUCUCACAACGACGAGGGCUAUUUCCUCCGGGAAUUGGAUUGUCGACUGAUACUUCAGCUACUACGUUGUUGAAUUUUCAGUCGGCGAAUUUAAGCCCUAAUAUGCAGUUACAAACAAAGCCUGAAUUGCGUGACAAUUCAAUCGAUUUAACGGAGUCGAGUCCGGCGGAGGAUAAUUUAAGUAGGAAACGAAGGUCAGAUUUAGAUUUGGAGCAGCAGCAGCAUCAACAACAACAGCAAAUGGGAAGCUAUUUGCUACAGUCGAGUACUGGUACGAUGCCAACAAGCCAUUCUUCAAUUCCGGCUAAUUUUUGGAUGGUGACGAAUCCGAUUCCUAGUAACCAAGUGAUGGGAGGCGAUCCGAUUUGGCCGUUUCAAUCAGUAAGCAAUUCUGGUGCAGCAGCUGCUUUGUAUAGAGGCACAAUGCCAAGUGGAUUGCAAUUUAUGAAUUUUCCCACUCCAGUUGCGCUUUUGCCUAGUCAGCAACUAGGCGGCGGCAGUAGCGGUGGCGGCGGUAAUAAUGGAUUGGGAGAAGGUCAAUUAGGCAUGUUUGCCGGACUAAAUCCGUAUAGAGGUGGUGGCGGUGUAUCGGAAUCUCAGGCGAGUGGGUCCCAUUCGCAUCACGGCGGUGGCACGGAUGAUCGGCACGAUACAACGAGCCAUCAUUCAUAGCUAUAGACUGCUGAUUGAUUGAUCAUUAUAUUCAUCCAUUCUUUCCCAACUUGUGUUUUGUAAGUUUGGAUGUUUAAAGUUCCUUAUAUUUUUCUUUCUUGUUGUUAAAUUUGUUCUGAACAUUCUUUUUUCUUUCUUCACCUUUUUUAUCGUGUGAUUAAUUUGCCUUACGAGUUUGAAGAGGGCACAGUUUUAACAAAAGAAGGAGUAUUUGAUGAGUGAU